AUGUCAGAUUGGGGAUCGGAAAUAGUUAAAGUCGUCGCGAAUGUCAACUUGUACGACAGGGAUAAGCAGCAAUGGAUCGUCAUGGAUUCAUGUCGGGAAAACAACGUUUUUAUUUUCUUAAAUGCGGAGAAACAGGAGUACCGAAUUGUUGGCAGAAACAGCAGCACGUGUGAGAUCACGGUCGAUUAUGUCAUCGAAGAAAACCUGCUCUACAAUGAAGCAACUCCAAAAUUUCAUCAAUGGAAAGCAAACGAAGAAAUAUAUGGGCUCCACUUUAAAAGCGAGAAAUACGCAAAGGACUUCGCUCAAAAAUUGUCUGUAGCAGUAAAAAGAGUAAAAGGCGAAUUACCGUGGCCAGAAAAGAACCAGUUGCACAUUUUGUCAGGAGAACUAUCCGAAGAAAUCACCAGAAUUCGUAAAUUGAAAGACAAUAAUGAAAGCCUUGCAAGUGCUGAAAAGAAUCUUCAACAAAAGAAAGCAGAACUUGACAAAAAUUCAAAAGAAAUCAAAACACUUAGCGAUAAUCUCGAUAAAGCCCGGAAAUCAGAGACCGACUUGCUAAGAGCGAUAAAUAAUCUUGAAUUGACUGUCAAAAAAUUAAAAGCAAUCAAACAGACGCUCGGUAAAACUGGUAUGAAUGUUAUCUCUUUUCCAAUCGUAUAA